CGCGGCUCCACGGCGCGUCGGCAGCCUCGUUGGUGAGGUCACCUCCCAGCGCCCCUAUAAUAUUGCCAGGCUCCUCCUGCAGCCGCCGCAGUGACAGCUGAGCCGGGGUUCCUCGUCGCGGAUUGCCCCGCUCGCGCUCUUGGCAGCCCGGCCGGCCGUCCGUCCGUCCGUCGUGCGCUCGCCGUGCCCGUCCCUGAGCGGGGAGGAGGAGGAGAGUGGUGCGGGAAGCAACCAACAUGGCUGAUGAUUUCGGGUUCUUCUCCUCCUCGGAGAGCGGCGCCGCCGAGGCCGCAGAGGAGGACCCGGCCGCUGCCUUCCUGGCCCAGCAGGAGAGCGAGAUUGCGGGCAUCGAGAACGACGAGGGCUUCAGCACGGCCGACGGGACCGCGGCGGGCAGCCACGAGGCGGGGGGCGAGCUGCAGGCUGAUUUGGAGAGCACAGGGGCCACUGUGAAUGGAGAUCUGUUUCAGGAAUCUAAUGGACCCACAGAUGCCUACGCAGCCAUUGCCAGAGCUGACCGGUUGACACAAGAACCCGAGAGCAUUCGCAAGUGGCGAGAGGAACAGAAAAAGAGACUGCAAGAGUUGGAUGCUGCUUCCAAGGUGUUAGAGCAGGAAUGGCGUGAAAAGGCCAAGAAAGAUUUGGAAGAGUGGAACUUGCGGCAGAAUGAACAGAUGGAGAGGAACCGGGCCAACAACAGAGCCUCAGAGGAAGCCUUCCUGAAGGAGUCCAAGGAAGAGACACCUGGCACCGAAUGGGAGAAAGUGGCCCAACUCUGUGAUUUCAACCCCAAGAGCAGCAAGCAGUGCAAGGAUGUCUCACGCAUGCGCUCAGUGCUGAUCUCUCUCAAACAGACGCCCUUGGCCCGCUAGCCGAGCUGAACGGGGCUGGGGCUGGGGCUGGGGCUGGGGCGAGGAUGUGGGUUGCUCUUUGGGCAGCAGCUUGACUGCAGCACAUUAGGCUUAGAUGGCCAUCAGGAGGGGGACACCAAAGCAUCCCACCCCUGCCCCUUCCUCUCUCCUUCAUACGUUUGUGUCACUCCGGCUGGGUGGCUGCCUGUACCCCUCCCCGUGAUUUUACUUUGCUUAAAGGGUGCAUUGGUCUCUUUUUACACAUAUUUAUUAAUGGCGUGGUUCCUCGGACAACUGCCCUCUUUGAUUCCCAGACUUGCUGCCUUCAGGAAAGGUCACUCCCCAUUUCACUGUUGGGGCACACACAGGCUUGCUGGGUCCUGCGGGCCCGGCCGGCAAACCUGGCCAGAAUCACAGUUAAGACACAGUUCACCUUUCCAGUACUUUGUCCCAAGCCUAGGAAGCAACCCCCAAAUCUGGGCUUGAGGCUGCAAGGCAGGAUUCCUGAGUUUUGAGUCCCAGCUCAUGCUGCAUGUUUCACCCCAUGAUAACGAGUGGCAGCUCUCCAGAGCUGCUGCCUGGGUAGAGGGUUGGAAUGCACUUGUGCUUCCCAGCCAGAGCAAAACAGUCCAAGCACAGAUAGAAAAAUAUCUCUGCUGGGAAGCAAGCCCUUCCAGGGAAGGCAUGCGCAAGGGAGAGAAGAUAAUGAUGAAAAGUCAGGCUGCUUUAGACACAGCGGACCGAAACUGAAAUGGAGAGCUGUGUUCGAUUAUGGAAGAGCCCCGGGAAACACUCUGAGACAGACCCACUUCCAUGGAACAGGAUGCAAUUCGUUCCCCAAAUCCAAGAACCUAUUUGGGUUCAAGCGAUGAAUAAGGAGACUAUGCAAGGGGACCUCAAGCACCUUCCUUCACACAAGUUGGGUUAUUCCUUAUUUGCUUAGGAGAUACCAAAUGGAGGGACAUGAUGUGGGUUUGCCUGGAUUUCCUUUCUGUGAUUGCUCUUUUCAGUGGAAGAUUGGUGAACAAAGGGCAUUGCUCUCUGAUCUCCUGCUAAGAGAGCUGUAGGCAUCUUUUGGGCCUCGAAGCAAACCCAAGGCACUUUUCUUACCAUUGCCCAUCGUAAGUGUCCAUGUACCCAGUUCAAACAUCACUGAGAGCACACUCUUAGGCAUGUUUAUUCAGAACGAAGUGCUUUGGUAUUCACUGGGACUUAUUCCCAUGUAAGCAUGCUUAGGACUGCAGCCAUAGGCACUUCCUACUUUGGUUCUGGAAGCUGAUUUACCCCCUAAAUGAGCAGAGGUUUAUGGGCGUUCGCAGACUGCUAGCUGCCAGGGAUGCUUUCUCAGCCUGGUUAACAGGCAGGGAAAGGAUUAGCACAGGGCUACCGUUCCACUGGGAGUGGCUGGGAAAACUGGCAUCGGGAUGGUUUUUCUAGACUUGGUCCUUUGGCUCCUAGCCAGUUUCUCUGGUUCAUGCAGACUCUAACAGAAGGGAAGCUCUCUUAUAGCUCCCCUUUUCCUUUGGGGAUGGUGUUGUGAAGAGUUGUCUGGGUCCUUGAGUCAAGAUUUCUUCACCCUGACUGAAUGUAUAUUGGAGUCAGCCAAGCAGCAGUGUAAAUGUCUGAAGAGCAUAAUGGUCAUCAGUGGCCAUGCGACAUCUUUGAAUCUAUUUUGAAAAGCCAGGAAAACAUGGUCCGUUAGGGAGAUCUGGCCUGUUAGGUCCGUGUUAACUUUUGUAUAUUGGGGCUGGCAUAUCUGAGGCCGUGGAAACAUUGCUUUCAGCACAGCCAUUAUGUAUCCUGGGUUAACUUCCUAGCUCAGCUUAGUUUUACAGGGAGCUGGUUUGGGUAUUCACUUUGGUUUGUAUAUUGUUUAAUGUGUUGGAAGUCCAUCAUUGUAUCAUUUUGCAUAAUGACUUCACUGUGCCAUUUUUGCACAGUUGAAAUAUUUGCAAGGAGGAGAUCCCUGAUGAACACUAAGGUUCCUGCUCCAGAGAGGACAUCUCUUCCAAGCAUUUUUUCUGAGGUGGUAACUGAUGGAUUUUCUAGGGUGUGGGGCAGGGUCAUGCCAGCACCUCACCCUGCAAAAGUGGCAUGAUUGAAGUCACCCCAUGAAGAGUUUACAGCAGGGGUGGAUAGGGUGUGGCCCUCCUCAUGCUGUUGGACUGCCCAUUAGCCCAGGCCAGCAUGAUCACUGGUGGGGGAUGAUGGGAGUUGCAGUUCAACAGCAGAUAAAAUGCCACAUGUUGCCUUUCCCUGGUUUCUAAUGUUAGCAGAAAAGGUCGCUUUGGGCCUUGGCAUCUUCUAGAGAAAGGAACAUGCAGUUCCUUCAACUAAGAUGAUUAUGAAGAACCCCAAGAGUUGGAAGUAGACUUCUGGCACUUUAGGUAGGGACUCCUGCAAUAUAAACACCCAAAAGAGCAGAACUCUUCUUGGUAAAAGUUGCUGCAACUUGAAGUGCAAAUUUUGUGGCAGUCACCCUGCAUCUGCCUCUUCUGGGCCACUGUAGCUAGAGAACAAAAAGGUAGAAAACCAGAACGCUCUCACAGGCUCGCUUUCUAGGGGUUCUUCCUCUGGGCACUCAUUACUCCUGCAGAGAUCAAAAGGGGUGAGCAGUCCACAUUCAAGAAUGUAUGAAAAGGGAGGCGAAGGAGGACCAUACAGUGACAUGGGAGAACAGAUUCCCAACUGGUGGCAGCUGCCUCUUCAGAGCACAGCCUGGAGGAGAAAGCCAAGAGCAGUAGGAGUCUGACCAGUCAUCACAGACAAAUGAGACCAAGUGGAUCAUUCAUCCAGCCUUGAACAUCCAAGGGUGAUGUGUGCCAGAGUCUAGAAGCAAGAAGCCACCUCUAAUUGGAAUCAUUCAAUAGGCCCAGGAUCUAACUAUCAUGUCAUCUUGUGUCCCAAGCGGCGGCGGCAGCAGUAAGCUGGGGUGGCAUCGGUGGGGGGGGGGGGGGGGGAGCCUUGCCUGCAGCUGUCCUGUCCCAUCUCUCCAACACUCCAGCUUUAAGUUCUGUGACAUUGUUAAACAACCUGUUAUCAAUAAACUGCCACUACUCCAGACACACAGUAAAGAGUCACAGAAUGCUUUCUUUCCAUGCUUCUCUGAUUCGUAUAAAUGGGAGGAAAUGAGUGGAUGUAGCCUAGCAAUCCUCUGUGGAGAGGGAAGAUGGCUUUGCCUCCAGUACAGCUUAUUCCUAGGGCUACAUCCUUAGGAGAAAAGGCAAAAACAAGCCAUUCUCCAUAGGAAGCUUAAGAAUGAAAAUACUGUCAGCUUCGAAGCUACAUUUUUAAUAAGAGCCAGGAGCCAAUCCAGUUUUUUUUUUAAUGACAGCUUCUAGCAUUUGGUCUAUGGCAUACUUCUUCAGCAGUCGAUUUUCUUAAAAUGAAGCAGAGAUUUUCUUCCAAUGGCCACUAAUACAGAUUUGAAUCAUCACUUUGAAAGUAGCUGGAUAUGUUGCAGAAAGCCAUUUCCAACCUGAUGCCUUCCAGGUGUGUUGGACUCCCAACCUUUGGCUGGGGAUAAUGGAAGCUGGAGCUCAGUGUAUCUGGAGGGCAGCAGGUUGAGAAAAACCGUUGUUGCUAGAUGAUGCAGGCUCCCACACUGAGGAGGAUGGGGCUCACCUCCAAGUAAGUAUACAUGGUUCUAGGCUGUUAGUCUGCUUGGCCUGCUUUAGUCACUGUUGAUGUGAAACAGAACACAAAUGGCCAUUCAAACCUAUGUAGAUGAAGCCGCAAUGGAAUCCUGGCCCAGGUUAAUGUAGUUUUAGUUUAGAACAGACUGAAGUAUCAGUCACACAAGCAGUACUGCACUGGCUGAGAACAUGACAAAAUAAGAGCUCAGUUAAUACAAUGCAGAGUACUGGGCCCGAAGUUCCACAGGUAUUGUUGAAAGCUAGGCCAAGUCUUCAUUUGACUUAACUUGUUCUGCAUCUCCAGUCUUUCCAUAGCUGCUCUGUGGGUGGGAUCACAAUCCAAUCAGCUGGCCUUGCAGACAAACCCACAAAAGGGGCUUUUUUCCAUUCCCCUCAUUAGUCCCAAAUCUUAGAAUAACACUGCAUAUUCUCCUCCUCCUCAGCUGGUAGCCAAAUUCCAUCCAGUGAAGCAGAUCAUCUUCACAAUUUAGGGCAGCACAACUCGUAUACACAAAGUGCAUCAAACUAUUUUGGUGGCAGUCGCAUUUUCUUAUGGACUGGCAUGACAAAUAUGUCCAAGGGUCCUCAGCAGAGUAGACAACUAGACUAACCCUUUCCUUCUCUGUAUAUUAGACUUUCUUGGUCUAACAUUUGAUUACAAGGCAGAAAAUGUGACCAAAGCCAAUUCCACCAUGUUAAAACUGAACAAUGAAAGGUUUUUCUGAAAAACUGUAAUUUUUCUAUAUUAGCUUAAUACAACAUUAGCAGUCUUUGUUGAGUAAGACUUCGUUGAAUAAGCUGUUAACAGGCUGGUUAGGAUACCACAUGGCUUUCCUUGUAAGUCCAAUUGUUCCAGAGCACUACCUGAUACAUCAGAAGAAUUCCAGUGGCUGCUACUUGAUACAUGAAAGCAAUCACAAUGGCUGCUAUGACUUGUACAUGAAAACUAUGGAAAUAAAAGAUUUUCCCCACA